AUGUCAGAACACCAAGACCCUGCUAUUUCUGCAGAACUUCGGGAUUGGCUGUUUGCCACUAUUGCGGAGUCCAUUCCCAAAGCUCUGGCAGAUUAUCAUGAGCAAUCUACUACAGAGGUUCAUCCCUUUACACACCAACACUCUGACUCAGAGGAUUCCCACCUUUCAGACCAAGAAAGUGCCCCGCGCAAAAGACCCUGGAAAGGGAAUAGCGCUACUGCGGGCAAAGGAAAAGCUCCUGCGAAAAUUCUCAAACAUUCCCAACCAUUUACUAUGCAGAAUCCGACAGACCCUCUAGAGGGCUCUACCUCCCAACUUGCUGGUCAUAUUUUAAACGACUAUGACACCGCCUACUCUGAUGAGGAUCCUACGGUGAAUAUGCCCCAGGAUUCCUCAACAUCAGAGUUUAUUAAGGAAACUUUCCAUGUUCAGGAUGCUAAGGGUGCCCCUCCAUCUAAAGAGCCUGACUCAGACACCCUCCUGGAUGCUUCAGGCCUCCCCUUUUUUGAUCCAAGGGUGAUUCGUCACCCACGGUCUGUGGAAUGGGCCCCUCCUGAUCACAUAGCCAGCCCCUCGAGAAAGAACUUAGAAAUAAACUGAGGGCUGAAUGCCCAAGACCUACUAUUCCGGGCAAAGUUGCCUCUACCCCUGAGUUCGACCCCAUGCUUGUCACCUUUUUGAGUAAAUACGGCAAAGACCCUCGUAAGGGUAUAGAACAAGGGUUGAAAGCAGCCCAAAACAAGCUUUUGGACAUUUCAGGUCCAAUAAUCCAAAUUUUUAUCCUGGCAGAUGAGGCAAUCACUAGCAGUGAAUUCGAUCCACACACUAUCAGAGAAUAGGCUCAGAGAACUCUAUGCCUUUUAGGCAAUGCAAACGUGGCAAUUUCAAUAGAAAGACAAAAAGCAGCACUUUAUAAAAUUGAUGCCAAAUUAGUAGACUUAAGUUCUAAGGAAUUGGGACCAGAAGCAGAUGGUCUUCUAUUUGGUGACAACUUUAUGCGAGACCUCUCUAAGCAUGUCUCAGUAUUUACAACGCUUAAUAAAGCCCAGUCCUCACUACGCAGGGUCUUCCGCUCCCAAACUCAACGUUUUUCCGGGAGAGCUGGUCGCUUCAGGGGCCGAGAUACCAGUAGAGCAGCCUUUGCAGGCUACAGGCCCCGACCCACAGACCAUUGGUCCUCUGGACCCACAAGACCCUACCACAGACAGCUCUUCAGCUCCAGAGGCUCUAUUCGAGGACGUGGCUCUGCAACCCUGCGCGGACGCACUGCUUCAGGUAAUGGACCUUACUUUUUUUUUAAAUGUGUCAAUUGCAGGUCGAUUAACCCUUUUUUCCCCAACAGUGGAAACUACUUUCUCAGGAUCACUGGAUCCUCCAUACAGUCAGGGGUUUCAAAAUAGAUUUUCUCACACACCCCACUCAGAGCCACCCUCCAACACCCUUAGAGAUGUCACAAACAGACAAACUCACCUUAGACUCAGAGUUGCACCAACUAUUAGACAAAGGGGCGAUCGAACCCUCGCCUUUCCCUUACACUUUCCUCAGCAACAUGUUCCUGGUACGGAAAAAGACGGGAGACCACCGUCCUAUUAUCAACCUCAAAAAGCUGAAUCAGUUUAUCACAUAUCACCACUUCAAGAUGGAAGGUAUCCAUCUACUCAGGGACCUACUCUGCGUGGGAGACUGGUUCUCCAGAUUCGACCUCAAGGAUGCUUACCUCACCGUCCCAAUUGCACCAAGUCAUCGUGGUUCCUUCAAUUCCUCUGGCAAGGCGAAAUUUGGCAGUUCACCUGCCUUCCUUUCAGACUUUGCUCCGCCCCUUGGUGUUUCACCAAGUUAAUGAAGCCGGUCAUGGCGCUACUCCGCUCUCGGGGAAUAUGUUCCAUCAUAUAUCUGGACGAUAUCCUGAUCAUGGCCCAAGACCAACAUUUGCUUCGCAAACACACGCGCAUGACCUCUGCCCUCCUUCAAAAUCUUGGGUUUGUCAUAAACUUCCAGAAAUCAGAUCUAGAACCCUCCCAGGUAGUCCAAUUUCUGGGUUUUCAAAUAGACUCCGUUCAAGCAACUUUGCAGCUGCCUUACCCCAAAAUAAAAAACAUAAAGAAAGAAAUUCAAAAAUUACUCACUUCCCAACGGCCUCGGCUCCGCGACCUUGCACACAUUCUUGGACUCCUGUCCGCAUCUAUCCAAGCUAUAUUUCCCAGGCCCUUACACUACAGAGCAAUGCAACGGUUGAAAACAUCCUACUUGCAUCGCUCAACCUCUUACGAUCAAUUCAUAUCUUUGACAGACGAAGUUAUCAUCGAACUUCACUGGUGGCUUCGCAACAUGGAAGUCUGGAAUGGAAAAGCGAUCUUCAGGUCUCAACCAGAUUUUAUUCUGGAAUCCGAUGCAAGCCUCUUGGGUUGGGGUGCUAUGUGUGCCCAAACCUCCACAGGGGGUCUUUGGUCCCCAUCGGAACAGGCACUCCACAUAAAUUGCCUCGAGCUCAUUGCUGGAUCCUUCGCGAUCCGCAGCUUUGCCAAGGAUGUCUCCAAUUGCUCCCUGGAUGGAAACGUCUCCACGGUGCGGUAUGUAAACCGACUCGGAGGGUCCAAAUCCAAACUUCUGUCCGACCUCACCAAGGACCUGUACCAAUUCUGUCUGGACCGCAAUCUGUCCAUCCGAGCGGAAUAUCUCCCUGGGUCUGACAACCUAGUCGCGGACUGGUUUUCACGUCAUUGGAGGGAUGCCAGCGACUGGCAAUUAGACCCUCUCCUGUUCCAUCACAUCCAUCUCCUACGGGGACCCCUCACACUCGAUCUCUUUGCAUCUCGCCUGAAUCGUCAGACAGACGAUUUCUUCAGCUGGCUACCAGACCCUCUGUCUCUGGCAGUCAAUGCUUUUCUGCAACCUUGGCCACGGGAGGGGGCCUAUGCUUUCCCUCCUUUCUCGAUGAUUCAACGGACCCUUCACCGGGUCAAAGAGCAAAAAGUCAGGAUAGUAAUAAUCACCCCUCUAUGGAGGGCUCAGACCUGGUUCCCCACCCUCCUGGAACUAUCAGUAGACUACCCCAUCCUUCUACCUCGUUCCUUUCGAGUCCUCAGGAACCCAAUGGGCGAUUACCAUGCUCUCGCCCUACAGGGCCACCUUCAACUGGUAGCUUGGACAGUUUCAGGGGAGCGUGGCAUGUCGCAGGUCUUUCAUGCACAGUUCAAACACUCCUCUGGGACUCGUGGGCUCCAGGAACCAGACGGACCUACCUCUCCGCAUGGCGGAGUUGGGUUAGCUGGUGUCUGGAGAGUGACCUCGAUCCCGUUUCAACACCUCUUUCACCCAUUUUACAUUUCUUAUCAUCUCUCUUCGAUCAGGGUAAAUCUUACCGAUCGAUUAAUAUUUUUCGUUCCGCCAUUUCGGCGGCCCAUGGCACUAUUGAUAAUUCCUUGGUUGGGAAACACCCUUCCGUGUGCAGACUUUUACGGGGCAUUCGUUUGACAAGGCCACCUUCUGCCAAAUACUCUCCGUUCUGGGAUAUCUCUCAAGUUUUCACACUGUUGGAUUCCUGGCCACCUAACGAGGCCUUAUCCUUACGCCAACUCUCUGCGAAAUUGGCCCUGCUGCUGUGUCUGGUGUCCUUCCGCAGGGUUUCAGACGUUCAAGCCUUUGACUCUCACGCUGUGACCUUCGCACCAGACGGUGUCAGAUUUACCAUUACUAGACGCACUAAGACGAAUUCCUCGUCAGUCUUUUAUCCAUACUUUCCCGACAGACCGUCACUCUGUGUAGCCCUGUGUACCCGUUGUUACAUUGACAACACUAUCUCUCUGCGUCCCUCUACCGGACCUCUGUUUGUCUGUUACGUUAAGCCUCACAAACCGGUCUCUUCCCCCACCGUUGCACGAUGGAUAAGAUGGUUGCUUACUCAAGCUAUAAUUGAUAGCUCUUUUAGAGCUCACUCCGUUAGGGGAGCGGCCGCAUCCUCUGCGUUUUGCGCAGGCAGCUCACUAUUUUGAUGCCUCCUGUCUUGCCAUAAAAUUAGGGAUUAUUCUAGUUUACAGUGAACGAAUAAUCUAAAUUUUAUUAAAGACAGAAGGCGAAUAUUUUCCCUCCCUUCGUUCACUCUGGAACCCACCCUCAAGUAUGAAAAUUUCGGAUUACCCUCUUCAUCUACACGUUUAUAUGGUUGACUUGCUACGGGCUAAAACCGCGGAAUGUUUCCAGUUUACAAGUUGAUUCUACUCCUGAUCGGCACCAACUAAAAAAGAGGAAGUGGGAGGAGUCUGGUGGCACUAUAUUGUUCUAUGAUGUGUUGUGAUUGGUUAAAUCUUUUACAACUUUGUUAACUAUUUCUUUGCUGCUGGGAGUUUCAGUAAAGAAAGAUAAGCAAAUAUUUGCCUCCUGUCUUUAAUAAAAUUUAGAUUAUUAAUUUACUGUAAACUAGAAUAAUCCCUAAUUAGAGCAACAUACCUCUCUCCGGUGUGGCUUGGUUGUUCGGUAGUUUGUUCGUUUGUCGAGGUAUUUAACAUGUUGGCAAAUGGGUUUCUACCGAACAACCAGACGAAUGCUUCAGCAGCCAACUUGUUACUUCUUUUCUUAAAAGUAACAAACUGUUGGAAAUUGAACAAAAUACUGCAACAAUCAAAGUUAUGGACAGCCAAAAUUAAGGACGGUGGUUAGUAGCCAAACGCAAUCCGCUACACUAUUACACAGUGAUUUUGCAAGGGAAUGGGGGGGCUGACUGGCCUAUGCGCCCCCUUGACAGGAGGAAUUACAGGGCUUAGUCACAAUAGUGACCGCUGCGACCCUAGUAGAUCCGUCAGUAUAAUAAGGGUAAAUAUUCCUUUUUCUCCCUCUUGUUCCCACCGUGGUUGAAUAGCGUUGUUUUAUAUUGUUUUUGACUGUCCAACUUGCUGGUCAUACCCACAUUUGAUUGCAUAGUGCACGAUACACAGUGUGAGGGUGUCGAACGACACCGCUUUUUUACGGCCACUCCAACAAACCCUGGCCAGCUGGACAGGAAUCGGAUUGAUGGUCGCCCUGCUGAAUCCUGGGGAGCCAUGUAGUUGGGAACCUGGCAAAUAUACACUUACCAACAUAAUAAUAGAGAUAAACAACACAUACAAGGAAAUAUGGCGGCUGCUUUAUUCACUAACCAUGACUUUUACAGAACUAACAAUGGGGUUUGGGGCAAAAAUAAUAAUUUCAGCCAUGUUUCCACCCAGCAGAGGCGAUAUGGAUCAGGGCUCCCAGGAGGAGCUCUUGGGAUAUAGUUUAUUGGAGUAACUGAGAACACCAUCCAGAUACAGUCACACAGUUUAUUAAUAGGACACUGCUAUGACCCUCACAUGACUGACAUAACAUGGCCCAAUGGCUCUGAAUCUGCUAUUUAAGAGAAAUAUCCUGGAAACUACAACUCCCAGAACCCUUUGCGCUUCCAGCAGCCAAGUAACUGACAGUCAGCCUCACACAAUCAGCAUCUGACAGGCAUCCAAGCACCAGCCAAUCAGCAUCCAUGACAAGCCUAACGGUUUCCAUGGCAUCUCGCGGGACCCUGUAGGCUGGCUAGCCAAUAGCAGCUAUGCAUCCCGAGACUGACAAGGGCACUGUCCAAUCAGGGGCCGUCGAGCACCGUUAGUUCACGCCUACGGGUCUGACAGAUGCUGCGGCGUGCUUAUCCGCCGCACGCUCUGCGAUGACUGACGUGACCUCCGACCAAUCAUGUGCUUCCUUGGUGCUGGUUUUUGGCUUACGUCAAUGGAGAAGGGGGAGGGACGGUAGCAACAGUUGCCCGGGUGAGGGACGGAGCGGCCAUAGCCACGGUAGUCGUGGCGACAAGAACCCCGGCAACAGGGAUCAACAACAACAACCGCCGCCGCCAGCGCGGAGCCCGGGCCAGCCCACCCCCGCACACCCACCGCCCCGUGACCGCUAGCGGGGGACCGGUCUGCCCGGCCGCAGGAGCCUCCCCGGGACCCACCGCUGGAGCGAACCGCAGGGACCCAGUGAGUGCGCGCGGGAGGGAGGGCGGGGUGCUGACACCGCGAGGGGGGGGGGAUGGGGGGGACCCGCCGGGCAGCGCGAGCACUCGGUCAGUGUGACGACGUCAAACGGUAUCUCCAUGCCCCCGCCCCCCCUCUCCCUCGGUUAAAAUGGCGGCGCCUGCUGCGAGCGGGAGAAGGGAGCAGGCCGCGCGUCGCCAUGGAAACCUGAGAUGGGAGGGGGAGGAGCAGUCUCUAUAGAAACCAGCUUGGCCCCGCGCGGAUUGGUGGAGGUGGAAGUGGGCGGGGCGGAGGAAUGCAUCUCCACCAUGUUUCCAGGAAACACAGCCCUUCUUCUUAAAGGAACAGUACACCUUCUUCCACACAGACCUGUAAUCCUAAUGGCCAUAGCCAGGGGGUGGGCAGCCUGCGGCACUCCAGGUGGGGGCGGACUGCAUCUCCCAUAAUGCUUUUACAGCCGUAAUGCUUGGCAAAGCUACAGCGGGGAUGUCGUCCACAACAUCUGGAGUGCCAAAAGUUGCCAACCCCUGUUGUAGCCGGUGACUCCUCGCUGUGUAGGAUGGAGCCCUCCCUAUCCGAAAGUAACACUAUAGCGACAGCAAAACAAAUCUGGACUCCUAACUCUAUAGUACUCCUGGCUCUGUUUAUAUUUGACAUCUCUGAUCUCCAGCACUUAGUCUUCCUUGUUGCUGCCGCCCGAUCUGCCUCAGGUGGCAUUGUCACGGAGGCGUUAAUCCAAGAUGAUGGUCUAAUCCAAUGCUCCCCAAAGAUUAGCAUUGAGAAAGGAGCAGUAGGGGCAUGCGCGGCGCUGUCUGCAAUGCGCCCAUGAGUCUGCAUGCAGUGAUUCUCUAUGACAGGGAUAACACCACGGUAACCAACAGUCUCGACUCGCCUAUCCAGAGGGAUUGGAGGCGUGGCCGGAAGCAGCGCUUUCAAGUCUUUAGAAAAUAAUAAAAUAUUAAAUUUUGGGAGGUAGGGCUAAAGGCACUAUAACAAAUUUAAUAAGAUAAAGUUGUUAUAGUGCCUACAGUGUUCCUUCGAAUAAGAAAAAAAGUAAAAUAGUACCUUUUUCUUCCAGCACCAAGACUCGCACAAUGCUACCAAAAGCUUACUUGCUAGCUUCUUGUUCAAUUGAGAGGAUGUACCAAAACCAUGUUAAACUCCGUUAUUAGUGCAGGUAAACAGCUACCCCACUGUACAGCGCUGCAUAAUUUGUUGGCGUUUUAUAAAUAAUAAUAAUACUAGAGGUGUGUUUAGCCCUACACCCAAAGUGCUUUAAGGGUCUGGAGUGUCUCUUUAACGUAUGCCCCUAACUGACAGUGAAAGUCUGAAAGGGACAUUAUAGGCACCCAGACAACUUUAGCUCAUUGAAGUGGUCUAGGUGCAGUGCCCAGGUCGCUUAACACUGCAAAGGCAAUUAUUUUAAUAAACUGCAAUAAUUUCGUUUUGAGGGUUAACUCCUCCUUUAGUGGCUGUCUACCAGCCAGCCACUAAAGGGACUUCCAUGUUGUUAGGUGAGUUUUAGUCGGUUAACUGGUGCUCGAUGUGCUCACGCUAUGCAUGAGGACAACCAGCGUCAUGCAAAAUCCCAUAGGAAAGCAUUAUACAGGGCAGUACAAAUGCAAGCGAGGAAGCGGAGCCUGAAUCAGCGCCGAGGGCCAUUGGCGCUGGAAUCAGGUAAGUGACAGAAGGGGUUUUUAAGAAUGGGGGCGUAAGGGAAGGGGGCACUAUAGGAAGCUAUAGUGCCAGGAAAACAACUUUCAAAAUAAAAAUGUUGAUGUAUAUUCAUUCCCUAACGUUAAUAUUUAGAGCUUACAGAGUUAUCCCCGAAGUGCAGUAAAUAUAUAGAUAAUUGAUAUGGCCUUGUUAAUAAUGGUUGAUGUGGAUGUGGAACAAGCCACACCAAUUAAAUAAAAGCCCUUCUUUGUUUAGAAAUGUCAGGAGUUGUGUGUUAACAGGAUCACUGAAAUAAGACUUACAAGCUUCCAUUCAUUUGCUUGAACAGUUGUCAGCCAAUUUUCUCUAAUAAUUAGAAUCUGUGAACAGUUUCAUAGAUUUGGUUCACAUUCUUUGAAUCCAUGUUACAGAGGGAUUUACUGGAAACAUACCGUAUUUGUCAUGCAUGAGACCAGGACAGGAAAGGGCAUUUUGCUUGGGUGACAGGCUGCCAGGUUGCCCAAAUGCAGAGCAGUGCCCUAGCAUUGUUACCUUGACGCAGGUCACCAGAGGAAAUACCCGGGAAAAGACCCCAAAAUCUGCAUUUGCUUUCCCACCAAGUUUAGAUAGUUGACCACUGAGUGCUUCCUUCCAGACGGGACACUGCUUCCUGGAAGUGUGAGGGGAACUAAAAAAAGGUCAAGCAUGGGUUCGUCAUGGCAAGCUACUUGUCCUGACACAAAAUAUUGUAUUUAGAAAGAUUGCAGUCACUGCCCAAAGCUCUGGACAUUGACAGGGCUAUUUGCUGAACUUUGAACUUUCACAAAAUAAAUCUGAAAGGAGAAAUGGAGGCAAAAAUAGUUCAUGUGGAAAAAUUCUCUAAACUUGAUAUGGUCACAAAAUGGCUGUUUUCCUCAGUUUUGCCAUUUGGAUUUAUUUUGCAAAAAUUCAGAGUCUUGCAAAUUACUCUGCUUUUACCCUCUGCCAUCCCAUAGUCCCCCUCUUUUUCAUAAUGUGUGCAGUUUAUGUUUGUUGUGUAUCAUCUCUGUGCUAUAUGUCAUGUGAGUGUGCAAUGUAUGCUGGCUGUGUGUGAUGUAUGUGCGGAGAACACUGACAGCUUGGUGCAAGUGUGGUUUAUGUUGGCUGUAUGUUGUGUUUGGUAUGUGAUGGUUGUAUUUGAUUUAUGUGUCCUGGGCUGCAUGUGAUGAGUGUAUGCUGGCUGUAUAUGGGUUUGAUUAUGUUGUUGUGAUACAGUGACCCAUUCGCAAACACCCUGACCCAUGACUGAUACAGCCAGCGUACACACAUACACAUGACAUACAGAAAUACAUUACACACUCUGACUCAUACACAAACACACUGACACACACACUGAUCCAUACACAAACACACUGCACACUGACCCAUACAUAAGCACACUGACACACACUGACCCAUACAUAAGCACACUGACCCAUACACAAACACGACACACACACACACUGACCCAUAUGCUAACACACUGUGAACACACACUUUACACUGACACACACACACACUGACUCAUAUACACACACAAACUACACAUGCACAUACAGCACAGAAUAUCAUCAGCUGAUGUUCUGUGAAUGUGCACCCCUUCCCACACUCACUCUGCCCUUAAGAGUGUGUUGUCCCACUGAAUCCUGUCGACCAUUAGUCCUGAGCAUCAUGAGGAGCAGUUGGCUGCUGUCACUCCUCACACCUCCCUGCGAGGUGCAGCCGGCCCUAGUCACGGUUUCCCGCUACACCUGCUGGAGAUACAGUCCCUGAUGGCCACCAACUCACCCCAAGGCAGCCCUGUUGCUUGUGUGCGACAGGACUAAAAUAAUAAUAAAAUUAAAAAAAUCUUCCUGCCUGGAGCCCCCAACUGCAAGUCCUGUGUGGUUAGUGAUAUAAAUUCCACAUCCCUGUAGAGUGCAAUAGUAGUAAUACUUGAGCUGUAUUACCCGAAGGGAACACCUGAUGAUAUAAACCUGGGAAUGCCCUGAGAUUCUUUGUUAAAUGGUCAAAAUAAACUACCGGAUGUAUUUAUUCUUAUUUGUUUUAACAUAGAACCAUCUUUGUUACUUCUUCAGCGGCCAAAAUGGCAACACAGACGUAUGUGACAGAACUUCAGCAAACUGCACCUGCUCCAACCCAGACUGCUCCACAGCAGUAUGUGACAGAACUGCAAGUAGCUCCACAGACCCCCACCCCAACUCCACAGCCUGGCGGGCCGCAGACCCCCACCCCACAGCAGUACAUUGUUGUAACUGUAUCUGGUAAGUUCCUCUGUCCUAAAACAUUGCUGGCCAUUAAAUGUUUCCCCCCCACAAUCCUAGUAAAUCAUUUUAUCAUGGAUCAAAUUAUACUUUCUCACUGGAAAGACUUUAUUAGAAUGGGAUGUGGACCUAUUUCAACUACCUGACCUCGUCUUUUAAUGUAUGUGUAAAUAUGCAAUUUCUCACAAAAAAUUAUUCUUCAAUAAAGGUUUUUCACUGAUAUUUUGCAUCUCACUUUUUGUUAAAAUGUAAUUUUUUUUUAAAAGCUCUGUAGAGAGGCUAAAAACUCUUUUAAAACAUAUUUUGUUUUCUCAACUUUCUUAUAUAAAACUUAGGAUAUUAAAAGCUACAUCAUCAUUACUGUGGGGAGAGGGAAUCUUACCCCACACUUACCAUUAACAUUCAGAUGGGUUUGUCACAAAAACCGACACCCUCGCUCCCUACCCAUAAUGCCGAUAAAGAACUAUGGAAGUUGAAGUAGCAAAGGAUAUAUUGUUUGUUGAAAUGCAGUGACAGUUUAUCCUUGUCAAAGAAAAUAACUGUGUUAAUAGCUUGUUUCCUCUAAAGGACAUUGAUGUAGAAUACCUCUUAAAUUAUGAAUGUGACAAACACUUGAAGGCUUCCCUGUGGGAAAAUAAAUGCUGAUAACGUAUUUUUUCAGCUGCAUUAUCAUAGAGCCACACUGUACGUAGAAAGACAAACUGAACUAAACGAGGAGGGAGAGGAAUACUUAAUUGUUAGUGUUUAAGAUAAUUUUUACCUAUAAUGAUGCACAUCAUGUUAUAAGAAUUUAAUUGAUUGAAAAUAAAAAGCCAAUCAGGAGGGGGCCAGGUGCAUAUUCGGAAUAUAUUUUAACAUUAUCAGCAGAGGAGGCUCCCACCCACCCUGGAACAUUUUAUGUAACCAUUCAUGUACUACUAAUAAACCUUGUGAAACUGAAAAUGUAAUCUGAACAAGACCAUAAUAUCUAUUUACAGACUAAUCUAUAUUGUAAUAAUAUAGUGUGGUUUAUUAUUUUAUUAUUUAUAUAGCGCCAGCAAAAUUCCAUAAUGCUGUACAAUGGGUGGACUAACAGACAUGUAAUUGUAACCAGACAAAUGGACGAACAGGAACACAGGGGUUGAGGGCCCUGCUCAAUGAGCUUACAUGCGAGAGAGAGUGGGGUAUAAUGACACAAAGGGUAUAAGUAGGGGUAAUGAAAUAGGUUGCUAGAAAAGUGAUCACUGAGAACUUAGGUUUAUAGACAGAUUAUGUAGGCUUUUACUAAUGUGAAUCUCUCUUAAACACUCAUAAACAAUAUAAAUGUGGAGUUUCAAGAAAAGAGACAUUAUAAUAGAAGAGUAACAGCCUGGGACCGAAUGUCACAGUGAUUCUUUAUAUCUUGUGUGACUGUAUAUUUAAUGAAGGUCUGUGCUACAAUUACUAUUUGGAUGUAUGUUCAACUAUUGCUACAUAAACAUUUUUUUAAUUUUUUUUUAUUAAACACAAAAUCGUAGUGAAUUGAAACCCACUUGCAAAAGGUUUAGGCAAAAAUUAAAUAAAUGACCAAAAAGCCACUUCUGUAACAGUUUGUAAUGUAGGUCUCUACAUGAGCAUCUGGUGAAUAAACAUCUGAGUUUAUUUGCAGAAGCAAGAAUUGUUGAGAACCGACAAAGGGAAUUUGAUAUUUUAGACGGUAAUGACCCAUUUAAUGUAGCUGCACUUAUUUACAUGUAGUCAUGGCACCAUACUUCUUUUUCUUGGCAUUUGGUAAGGAAGGGUUGUAUUGGUUGUGACUGUUGUGAGUUCUCCAUCUUGUCUCCUUUCCCACAGAAGGAGCCAUGAGAUCCAGUGAUGGAGAGCUUAGUCCUGGAGGAUCCUCAACAUCACAGGCUGUGGUCCCCACACAUGUGGUACAGCAAGUGCAGGCAGCCCAGCAGGUAACCAAACAGGAUAAAAGCCAAUAAUGAAAGGGCUGCAUUAUUGGAAAGUAAUGAUAAGUAAAAUGUUCUGCUCUUCUCUUUUUACUGUUCUUUUAAUCUCCUCCACUUAUUAUUAUUAUUAUUAUUAUUAUUAUUAUUGCCAUUUAUAUAGCACCAACAGAUUCCGUAGCGCUUUACAAUAUUAUGAGAGGGGGAUUUAACUAUAAAUAGGACAAUUACAAAAAACUUACGGGAACGAUAGGUUGAAGAGGACCCUGCUCAGUCGCGCUUACAGUCUAUAGGAGGUGGGGUGUAAAACACAUUAGGACAGGAAUUUGCAGUCAAAUAAGGUGGGCUGCCCUUUAGGAGAGAGCAAGAGACAGGUAUGGGAGGUAGAGGUUAGUCUUGGAGGCCAUAAGCUUUCCUAAAGAGAUGGGUUUUAAGGCACUUCUUAAAAGAUGCAAGACUAGAGGAGAGUCUGAUGGCGGUAGGCAGGCUAUUCCAUAGGAAGGGAGCCGCCCGCAAGAAGUCCUGCAAGCGUGAGUUGGCCGUACGGGUGCGGACGAUGGAUAGGAGGUGGUCACAGGCAGAGCGGAGAGACCGAGAAGGGACAUACCUAUGGAUCUGUGAGGAGCUAUAAGAGGGUCUAGAGUUGUUCAGUGCUUUAUUGGUGUGAAUUAGUACCUUGAAUUGACUCCUAUUGCAUACAGGACUAUAGCAUACAUUAUGGACUGUAGCGGUGCAGUACGGCUUUUGGGAAGACCAAUCAGGAGAGGGUUACAAUAAUCCAUGCUGGAAAUUAAUAGAGCAUGGACAAGCUCCAUCUUGUGUAAGAAAGGGGCGGAUGCGGGCUAUGUUUUUAACAUGGAAUCUACAGGAUUUGGCAACAUGCUGGAUGUGAGGCUCAAAUGUGAGGCCAGAAUCAAGUAUGACGCCAAGACAGCGCGCUUGCAAGGAUGGACUGCUGUGGGUACCACAAACUUGAAGGAAGAGCAAAAGAGGAUGAUCAGUAUUAGGAGGAGGAAAAACAACGAGCUCAGUUUUAGAGAGAUUGAGUUUCAGAAAGCGGGAUGACAUCCAGUCAGAGAUGGAAGAAAGGCAAGCAGUGACACGUUGCAGGACGGCAGGGGAGAGGUCCGGGGAGGAGAGAUAUAACUGGGUGUCAUCAACGUACAGGUGGUAGUGGAAUCCAAAAGAGGUAAUAUGUUUGAGAAGAGAGGCAGUAUAAAGAGAAAAUAGAAGGGGACCAAGGUCAAAGCCUUGGGGGACUCCAACCAAGUCAGGACAAGGGGAGGAGGUAUCAUUAGAAAAGGAGACACUGAAUGAGCGUUGGGAGAGAUAAGAGGAAAACCAUGAGAGGACAGAGUCACAGAGACCGAGUGAUUGAAGAGUUUGAAGAAGGAGAGCAUGAUCAACGGUGUCAAAGGCCACAGAGAGGUCAAUAAGAAUUAGUAUGGAGUAGUGGCCUUUGGAUUUAGCUGCGAUUAGGUCGUUAGUAACUUUGAUAAGCGCAGCCUCAGUAGAGUGGAGAGGGCGGAAGCCAGAUUGAAGAGGGUCAAGGAAAAAGUUGGAAUUGAGGAAAUGAGACACACAGGUAAAGACGAGUCUUUCCAGAAGCUUUGAGGAAAAAGGGAGCAGGGAUAUGGGACGAUAGUUAGAGGAGGUGGACGGGUUGAGGGAUGUUUUUUUUUUUUUUUUUAGUAUAGGUACUACAGUGGCAUGUUUAAGGUUAGCAGGGACAAUUCCAGAAGAGAGAGAGCAGUUGAAGAUGUGCGUUAAGGGAGACAUGAGACAAGUGGAGAGAGAUCUAAUAAGGUGAGAUGGGACAGGAUCGAGUGGGCAGGUGGUGGGGCGAGUGGAAAAGAGAAGAGGAGCCACCUCUUGGUCAGUAGCCGGGGAGAAUGUCUGAAGGGUAGGAAAGGCAUGAUCUAUGUGUGGUUGAGAAACAGAAUGGCAAGGAGGGGAGAAUUCUUUCCUUAGCUGUUCAAUCUUGUCAGUAAAAUAACAUGCAAAGUUAUCAACAGUAAGGUUAGUUUGGGGGGUGGCCACAGCAGGACAAAGAAGAGAAUUAAAGGUGUCAAAGAGACACCUGGGGUUGCGGGAGCAUGAACUAAUGAGAGAGAAAAAGUAGGACUGUUUGGCGAGGGCAAGGGCUGCUCUGUAUGAACACAAUAUGAAUCUAUAAUGGAGAAAGUCUGACUGGGUGCGAGACUUCCAGGAGCGUUCAGCACAACGGGAGCAUCUUUGCAGGUAGCGUGUUGAUUUAGUAUGCCAUGGUUAGGGGCGUGUCCUCCUUGAGGUGCUUGUUUGGAGCGGUGCUACAGUGUUCAAGGCAGAGGUGAGGGUAGUGUUAUAUGCGGAGAUGGCCAGUGAAGGACAGGAGAGGGAAGGGAUGGAAAGCAAUUGUGAAUCAAUAUCAGCUGACAGCUGCUGAAGAUCAAGAGAAUUAAGGUUCCUCCUGAGUUGAGGGGGGUUAGGCUGAGGUUGUUGGGUGAGGGGGUACUCAAGAGCAAAUGAUAAGAGGUGGUGAUCAGAGAGAGGAAAUGGAGUGUUGCAGAUAUUCGAUACUGUACAUGCAUAAGAGAAGAUUAGGUCAAGUUGUAUUGCUAGCUACAUGGGUGGGAGAAUUAGCCCACUGUAAUAGCCCGAGGGAGGAAGUAAUUGAAAGUAGUUUAGAGGCUGCAGAGGUCAAAGGUGGGUUAAUAGGAAUAUUGAAGUCCCUGAGAAUUAGGGAUGGAAUAUUAGAAGAGAGGAAAUAGGGUAGCCAGGCAGCAAAGUGGUCAAGGAAGAGAAGAGGGGAACCAGCGGGACGAUAAAUAACAGCAAUGUUAGCAGAGAAUGGUUUGAAAAGGCGAAUUUAAUGUAUUUCAAAUGAUGGGAAAGAGAGGGAAGGGAGGUGGGUACAAGUUUAAAGGAGCAGUGAGGGGAGAGGAGAAACCCAACACCACCACCUUUACAUUCAGAGUUUCUUGGGUUGUGGGUAAGUUGAAGACCACCGAAGGACAAAGAUGCAGGGGUAGCAGUGUCAGAGGGGGAGAGCCAAGUUUCUGUUAAGGCUAGUAAAUCUAGGGAACGAGAGAUGAAGUCAUGGACAGCAGUGGAUUUAGUAAUAGUGCAAACAGAGCGUGCAUUCCAGAGGGCAGUAUUGAAGGAGGAUUUAGAGGAACAUGAGAUGGAUAUGAGAUUAGUGUGGAUCCUUGGGUUAGUAUGUGGUGAGUUUGCCAGAUAGGCUGGAAAGGUAUGUGUAGAGUGCAUGGGAUGAAUAGAGAGGGAAGGGUAGUAGAGGGAAGUCAUGAAGAUUGUGUUGCCAGGGACAGGUGAGCAAAAGGAUAGAGAUAUUUUAGUAAUGAGAGAAGUUAGUGUUAAAGUGAAAAAUAGAAGUGAGAACAUGUGUAUUAUAUAGAUAUGUAAAUUAUAUAUAUACACACACAAAUAUCAAUGAGUGUUUAAACCAUUGUAAGGAUGCAGUAUGAUAACAGAGGAUUUCAGGUGAGGAGAGGUUUAGUGACUUGAUUGGUGUGUUUUGGAAACCAGCUGAUCUGCACUAUCUAUAAGUAAGGUAAUGACCAUGGGGUGGGCAAUCUUCCAGAGAUGAUACCUCUGCUCAGAAGAUUCUGCAGGACUUGGUUGCUUGGGAGUGCUGGGCGUUAAUGCUGUUUCAAGGGGCCCGGUCUGAAAUAUAAGGUCUGAGGUUAGAAAGGAAAAAAAAGAAAUAAAACACACUAUUAUGGGUGGAGAGACAUGGGGCUAUUGAGGCAAUUAAUUAGAGAUGAAAAACCAGAGUAGAUAACAUUUGGGAUAAAAAGGGAUAUCAAGGAUCAGAUAGGUGAAAGUCCUAAACCAUGAACAUAAAUUUACAUAAAGAUUUCUUUGCCCUUUAGUCUUGACCACUUCUUUCUUUUUUCCCUCCUCCAUUAGCGUUUGGUGGUGCAGACUACUCCACAGACUGCAAAGGCUGCACAGGUCGCCCUAACAGUGCACACUGUGCAGCAACCAGCACACUCCACAUCUGAGGUGGGUAAAAAACUUAGGAGGGAGGGAGGUGUUGGCAAAGCAUCAUGGGAAACUUUGUUCCAGAACAGUUGUUGACCAAGAGGGUUAAUUGCCCAUGCCUCACAUACAGCUCCACCAUAAGUCGACAAGGCAUAGCAAGAGGUUUAGUCCCAUGCCAGCUGAAGUGCUACAUGUUUUCUACACCUUUCUUAGGCCUUUCUCCAUCAUCCUUCUCAUAUGAUGGUAUGAACUUUGCCCCUAAUGUCCCUGGACAGUCUACCCUAGUCUGCCAUCUUACCUUAUGUGAAAUCACAGCCUGUUGACUGUUCCUGUAUUAACAGCUUCAUGUGUUAAUACACCCUAAGCUAGAUAAUAAAUUAUAAUUUGAGACUUUUGACUUUAAAACUUUUCUUAAAAAAAAAAAAAAAUGAAACAUGGAAAAAUAAAUUUUCAAGUAACAUACUAACUAGCAAUCUUGAUGCUGGAUUUAAAAUUGGGAUACCUGAAAUAGUGUGCGAGGGUUCUGCUGGGUGCAUGGGGAUAUGAAGCCUCCUUUUUAUUACAGAGUGACGGCUCACCCUUGAAGGCAGGACAAAGCCAGCCGCUGCAGAUACAUGGAGGGCCCCAAGAGGUGGGCAGCCAUCUUUACCCUUCCUCCUUACCAGAAUCCCCAUCUAAUACCUUCCUGCCUGUGUGAGCUAUGCCUGCUUAUCAUAUAUCGGCCUUAUGCUUCCAUCCACCAACUUUCAAUGCACGCUGAACCUCUAUCUCACACUGAGCCACACCUAUAUCGUAUUCCUUAGGGUGCUGACCUUCUAUCUUUUAUCAUUCCAUCAUCCUAGCCACUUGUUCCUUUGUGAGAAGAGCAUGCAUCUCUUCACCAGUCAUUUCAGUGAGCUUGGAUUUAGUACUAUAGCCUACAGAUUCCUGAGUUUUAAAACUAUGCACUAGUGCUAGUCCCUCAGGAUCCAGCGUAUUGCAUAGAUUGUCAGCAGAACACAUAUUUUAUUACCUGUAUUUUGCGUAAACUUAUUUUUUGAAACCUGUGCCAAUUCCUUUGUCAUUUUCCCAUACAGAUAUAUAUUUUUUUUAUUUAGUGCACACUAUCAUUGCUAGUGUACUUCCAUUUUAUUUUUUUCUUGGUUAUGUGAAUGAAGCCUCUCUCCCGGUCCUCUCAGACUCUAAUUACAUAUAAAACAAAUGUUGAAAUGUUGCUUAUCCUUUCAGAAGCUAACCGUCUCAAACCUUUACCUAAAUGUUUCCUGAGAUGCAAAGCCCUGAGAUAUAGUCCCUGUAGAACCUAACUCAAUUUUACUUAAUAGACGAGAGAACUAAAUCUUGUUACCUGUAAUACUUAUAUUGGAUUAAAGUCCUUUAUUGUGAAUUUUUAUCUUGAAAUGUUCCUUUCAUUUUAUCCCCUCUGCUCUCGUCUAGGGCAUAUGUGUGAUGUGACGGGGUCUUAGUUUAAGAUAUAGAAAGAGAAGUACAUUAUUCUUUAUUAGUUUACCAAUACAUUGGACAUUAAUCGUUGGCUAAGAUCGUCAAAAGGACUACGGGUUCCCUACAGAGCCUAGUCACUGUCAGAAUGUUUGUAAACUGUUUGGCAGCUUACCCAGUGAUGGCACUCGAUGACUGCUAGCACCAUAACCACUACACCAUGUUGUCUUUUUUUUUUUAUGCUUAAUAUUUGAAGUUUUUAUAAGUAUCUGUUAUACUGAUUUGUUCUCUAUAUAAUUCUUUAGGCUGUUGUUUCAGUAGUAUUCCAGCUGUAAUGAUUCAAGCCUGCUUUUUUGUGGUUGUGUUUUUUUUAUCUGAAAAAUGUUCCUUUGUGACCGAACUGUCUUUAUUAUUUUACGCCAGCUUGAAUUCAUGUCCAAAUGCCAAAUUUGCUGAAUAAUUAUGAUAUAUUAUGCAAAUAAGGAUUUCUACCAUCCACGAAUCAUAAGGAAUUCCAUUAUGACGUGGACCAAUAGAAGUUAAGCUAUGCCUAUAUUUACUUACCUCUCCCACUCCUUGUUGCUCUGUUAUAGUUCUAGUAGCCCAAGAGUUCCUCCCUUGUAUAUUCUAUUCCUGGUUACUGAUUAAUCGUUUCUCCUAAUGUCUGUAAUUCUUGGACAAUGGCUUGUUAUAUCGUUUAUCCAUAUGUCUCCUGUCCGUUAUCUCGGCAUUCUCUCUUACUCCUCUACCAUUAGUCCGGCCACUCUAAGGACCAGCACACGGCAAGUCUAGUUGUUGUGCUAUAGUCAGCACGUUUAGGUUCCACGGCGAUCUUAACAGUUCCACACUCUUAUAACUUUCGUCUAGUGUGUCCUGGGUGCCGAAAGUGGCAUGGGUGCGCGCAGGCACACUGCUGGGAUGUCCCGCUGGUGAAACACACAUACUGGCACAAUAUGUUUCACCUAGAGAUCGGGGUGCGCGGCUCGCAUGCGCAGGGCAGUCUCAGCGCUUUGGCACCAAAUUCGAACAAGGAGGGCUUGGAGAGUUUUUUUUUUUUUGUUUUUUUUUAAUCAUUCAAUUUUUAUUGGAGAUACAGCACAAUAAAAAAAAUGGCAAUUUUAUAUUGCACAGUACAGUCAUAUAACAGUGUCAGUGAAUAUAUGCAUAUAACAUGAAAACAGAGCAAGGAUUCAUUGAACAGCCUCUAAAUGAAUAUAAAAGCAGAAUAAACACUCAAAAAAAGACAACUUAAAAACAGUGUAUGAACCUCCGCCAGCAAAGGAGUCGUGCCACUUGCAUGUAUGUACAAAAAGGAAUUAAGAAUUUGCGGUUCUAAUGUGCAACACAGAGUACAUAAAAAAGGGUCUGCUGCGUUUCCUUAUGAGUGCAAGCUGUGGCAAGAGGAAAAAGUAGAGUGAAAGAAGAGUGCGGGCUCAUGGAGCCAGGUCAGAAAAUGACCGGCAGUCACCUAUUAACUGGAUAUGGUCUAGUCUAGUGUAUGGAGGUCUUGAAACACAAUAAUGGAAAGGAAUGAACAGGUGGGAAAAAAAUAAAAUAAAAUGAUAUCCCAAAAAUAUUAAAGGAGCACUAUAGGGUCAGGAACACAAACAUGUAUUCCUGACCCUAAAGGGUUAAAACCACCAUCUAGCCCCCCUGGGCCCCUCAUGCCUCCAUAAAUAUAGUAAAAUCUUACUUGUAUUCAAGCCUGAAGCUGCAGGCGUUGUCCCUGUUUCCUUUUGACCUGCCCACUGCCUGCUGACAUCACAAUGCUUCCCCAUAGGAUUGGCUGAGACUGACAAAGAGGCAGAUCAGGGGCAGAGCCUGCACAGUUCAAACUCAGCCCUGGCCAAUCAGCAUCUCCUCAUAGAGGUGAAUUGAAUCAAUGAAUCUCUAUGAGGAAAGUUCAGUGUCUGCAUGCAGAGGGAGGAGACACUGAAUGUUUGGAUGCAUUUUAGGCAGCCAUGACCCAGGAAGGAUCUCUAACAGCCAUCUGAGGAGUGGCCAGUGAAGUUAUCACUAGGCUGUAAUGUAAACACUGCAUUUUCUCUGAAAAGACUGUGUUUACAGCAAAAAUCCUGAAGGUAAUGAUUCUACUCACCUGAACAAAUUCAAUAAGCUGUAGUUGUUCUUGUGACUUUAGUGUCCCUUUAAAUAGUUUGAAAUGCUUAUCCAAAUUAAUGAAAUCGAGGCCAUAGGUGAAGGUACAGCUCUUUGAAACCUUUACUGUGCAGCCUGAUGAUAUCAUUUACAUUAGCACAUAUGGAGAAAGGGGCAGCAAGGGUGGGCUCUAUUUCCUUUCUGCAGCUUUCUCAUAGACCCAUGUUAUUCCCAUCCUCUGCCAAAUAUGCUUGGGUAUCCCAGAACCAUAAAAGCAACACCAACGAGAAGUUAUAGAGUCAAAUUCAGACAUGACCGUUUCUGUUUUCAGAUUUCAUCAGUUGGUUUACUGAGCCCAUGUCUCAUUUGAGAGAGAAUUAAAGCACUCACCUCCAUUUUUUUUUUCUUCUUCAAAUACAUGUUUAUUGGAAUUUUCAUAAAAAUAGACAUAAGAGUAAGAAAAAAAACGCAUGUGACAUUAUCUUUCUGACAAUAUUGAUCAUUACCUCAUAACAUACAAGUAGAGCAGUAACAAAUCACUUAAAAGGAAAAAGAAAAGGAGUAUGCCAAGCUGUAUUUAACCUCCAUGAUGGCAUAUCAUUUGUAAAACAAAAUAAGGCUGUUUAACAUGAUUUUGUUGAAGAAACGGUAUCUGUGUCCUCAUACUAACCAGUUUCUAACCUUUGCUAACUCUAUGUAGCCCAUCUAACUCAAGCUAACUUUAGCAACCACUAACUAACAAUACUCUGUUUACUGGAUUGGCCUCAAUCACAGUGAAAACAUGACUUCGUUGACAGUUAAGUGUUAGCUGGGAUUUGGCUUUCAGGGUGAUCACUCGACUUUGGGGCGGGCAAGUAGUAUUGCUGGACUAAUUCAUUGUGACGCAGUCCAGCUGUAGCCAAUCUCUGUGUGUACUGGGCACAGAGACUGCCUGCCCCUUUUCAGCAUAGGCUAAUGAGCAUUGCAAUACUGAUCCAAUAUUAAUGAUGGCGACAUACAGGGUUUAGUGCCAUGGUAAAGUGGAUAAGGUUUAUCUGGGUUGGUACACCUGUGUUUGUUGAAAUAGAGCGUUACUAAACAAAUCAUCUCUUUAUUGCGCUAUUAGAAUUGCUGGGAACCCACAAUCCAUCAGUCAAAAGAGGCCAAUAGAGAGCCAAACUGCAAACAUCAUGGACAGAGUAGAACUGCAGUGCCAAGAUGCUGAGAUCUGGCACGAGGGAGAAAGAUAAUAUACAUAAAGGCAAGGGAAGAAAGUCUAAUCAUUAAAAGGUUACUCCAAAACACCAUGACCACUUCAGUGUUUACAACUGAUCGUGGUGCACGGAGUCUUUAGGUGCAGUGUUUCAGUAUGAAGCGCUGCACAUACUGACAUAGUUGAGCAAGCUGCUGGAGGUGUAAUGGGAUCAAGCGAGAACACACAAUCAUGUUACCGAUGGUUUCUAUUCCAGGAUUGCAAGUCCAUGUUGAAGCUUUAUUUUGGCCCCUACUUUCAUUUCUUUGUCUUUCUUUGUAUAUCUGGUUCUGUCUUUUCUUCAGACUCAAGACCUUGUAACUGGCUGUAAGGAUGUACCAUGGGCAGGCUAUUCAUGCAGUAACACUCCUUCAUCAGUCCCCAAACAGCACGUUUCUAUUGGUCCUCCCCUCUCCACAUGACCCAUGCUCUGGUUUACAUUGCAUGUUGUUCUGUGUCUUACGCCAUCUCUUCUUUCCUCGUUUUUCUUAGCGUUCAGUUGUUCAGACGACCCCCCAGACUCAGAAAUCCUCCCCUGUCCAUCAGCUGAGCAUCCAAGGCCUCCAGCACGUCCAGGGGACAUCCGAGGUACUCUCAGGAUACAUCAGCUUAUGCAGGGGGGGUGGGGGGUUAGCCGAAGUGUGAAAAUCAGAAAUUAUCUGACUGCUUCUGUGGGGGGUGAAAGACUUGGUGUCUCACUGUUUGUGGGAUAAAGAACUGAAAAGUAGAAACUGGGGUUUUAGGUCCCCUUUGUGUACCCUUAAACCUAAGGCCAGAGUUGGAGCUCCCUGUGAGUCAAACAUCAGGCUGCUUACAACCAAUCCUCCAUCUGUGUAUGUGAACAAAGUGUUGAUGGGAAAGAGACAGUAACAGGUCAGUACAUAUCCUCUGUCACCCUUUGAUUGAUGAGAAAUUGAGAGGGCUGGAAAUGUCUCUUUUGACCAUGAAAUGUGUAAGAGAAAGUGAGAGAGAGGGCAGGGGGGCAUCCUCAUUAUUAACAUGAGAUCUUAGGGGAAAUAAGAGGGAAGAUGUAGUCCUCGGCUUUACAUAAGUUCUGAGGGGAAGUAAGAGGCAAGAGACAUCUUCAGUUUUAAAACAAGUUCUGAAGGGAAAGGGCAGGAGACUAUGUCGGGAGGGAAGAAGGCAAUGUCUGCGGGGGGACUUGUAAGGGUAGGAGACAAUGUCUGGAGGGAAUAUGUAAGGGCAGGAGGCGAUGUCUUGCAGGGGAACGUGUGAGGGCAAGAGAUGCUUUCACUGUGGCCUUGAUAUAUGAGGAGCAAGUUAGUUUGGGCCUCUAUAAUGACCAAGUUAGUUCUACAAUGAGCUGUGUAAACUUAAGGUAAAAGACUACAUACAAUGUCUGUCUACCAUAAUAUAAUCAGUGUGCCAUUAUUUUUCUGUCUCUGUCAAUGUUUCCAUGCAGUGAUAUCUAUCCUGUUUCUUUUUUCUGAAUCUCCUUGAUAUCGUAGAAUGGUUUUCAGUUGUUCACCUCUUUCUAUCCCUCAGAGUUCAGUCAGACAAUGUCCUUGUAGUGCAGCAGCUGAGGAUCAGGCAAGGCAAGAGUUUUUAGACAGAAUGAUGUCCUUCCAUUAUCUGGAUAGUGCUGGACCGAUUUUCCACUACAUGCAACCUGUAGCUCCAUGCUCAGUCCUUGAAUACAUGGAAAUGGUUCGAGUCAUGCAUCAGCCUUUUCUCUUCUCCUCCCCAUUCACAGACAGCCCUCAGCAGAGAGUCAAAGUGCAGAGGGUUCCUCAAAUGCUGAUGUUUGGAACAGCUGCCACCGCAUUGAAAGUAGGUUUCAGGGACAGUGAAAAUGACCAGGGAAAGAACAGGUGACAGACCGGAACAUAUGACUAGGGAAAAAACAGGCGACUGAUAUAGGAGCAGAGGACCAGGGAAAGAGCAGGUAACAGAGAUAGGAGCAGAGGACCAGGGAAAGAGCAGGUAACAGAGAUAGGAGCAGAGGACCAGGGAAAGAGCAGGUAACAGAGAUAGGAGCAGAGGACCAGGGAAAGAGCAGGUCACCAGGGGAAGAACAGGUAACAGAGAUAGGAGCAGAGGACCAGGUAACAGAGGCAGGAGCAGAGGACCAGGUAACAGAGGCAGGAGCAGAGGACCAGGUAAAGAGCAGGUAACAGAGAUAGGAGUAGAGGACCAGGUAAAGAGCAGGUAACAGAGAUAGGAGCAAAAGACCAGAUAAAGAACAGUUAACAGAGAUAGGAGCAGAGGACCAGGGAAAGAGCAGGUAACAGAGAUAGGAGCAGAGGACCAGGGAAAGAGCAGGUAACAGAGAAAGGAGCAAAGGACCAGGGAAACAGCAGACAACAGAGAUAGGAGUAGAGGACCAGGGAAAGAGAAGGUAACAGACAUAGGAGCAAAAGGACGAGGGAAAGAGCAGGUAACAGAGAUAGGAGCAGAGCAGCAGGUAACAGAGAUGGGAGCAGAGGACAAGGGAACGAACAGGUAACAGAGAUAGGAGUAGAGGACCAAGGAAAGAGAAGGUAACAGAGAUAGGAGCAGAGCAGCAGGUAACAGAGAUAGGAGCAGAGGACAAGGGAACGAACAGGUAACAGAGAUAGGAGUAGAGGACCAAGGAAAGAGAAGGUAACAGAGAUGGGAGCAAAGGACCAGGUAAAGAGCAGGUAACAGAGAUAGGAGCAAAGGACCAGGUAAAGAGCAGGUAACAGAGAUAGGAGCAGAGCAGCAGGUAACAGAGAUGGGAGCAGAGGACAAGGGAACGAACAGGUAACAGAGAUAGGAGUAGAGGACCAAGGAAAGAGAAGGUAACAGAGAUAGGAGCAAAGGACCAGGUAAAGAGCAGGUAACAGAGAUAGGAGUAGAGGACCAGGGAAAGAGAAGAUAACAGAGAUAGGAGCAGAGGACCAGGGAAAAAGCAGGUGUUGGAGACAAGAGAAGAGGACAGAAAGACAUUUUGGUUACUUUUCCGUUAGCUACCCAAAGAUUACAACAGUUUAAAAUUUUGAGAGACAAAGGAUUUCUCAUCACAAAAAGAAACAACCCUGAAAACACUAAAUGGACAUGAUGCUUUUACUUUUUUAGUGGGCUGCAAACGGAGAAGUACCAGAUUAUGACUGUUCACAACAUGGGGUAGGCAUCCAGGUACUGAAAAUUACAACUGUUCUGAUCCUUUGCCAUGCAUUGGUUUUGAGAGGACCAUUGCAGUUGUAGUUUUUAAGCUGGAGGUUUGCCAGCUGCAAACACCCUCAGGUAAUAGGCUGUGAAACAUAGCCAUUUAGGUGGGCUGUGUAUGGAUCACUGGGCAUGAUGUGUUCUCUCUGCUGAUCAAUAGGCUCAUGUGUUGUGUCCUGUUCCCAGGUCCAGCAGCUCCAGCAGGUCCCUGUGCAACAUGUGUAUCCCAGCCAGGUGCAAUAUGUGGAAGGAGGAGAUACCAGCUACACUGCAAGCACCAUGUAAGAACUGUGUCUAUCGGUGUCAUUUUGUGUUGCUACAGUAGAUAAAAUCUAUGAAGUGAAAAAAAGUUUUAAGUGGAGCUCAAUGAAUAUUUCUUCUGAUUCCAUUGUUUUCCAUGGCUGCUGUCCAUCUUUCAGAGCUGUAUAGACCAUGCCUCUGCAGUCUUGCUGCUCAGUUAAUGGUCAUUUGUGAGUUAGAUCACUUUGUUUAUGCAGCCCUAGCCACACCUCCAAUGUCUGAAACUCACACAGCCUCCCUACACACUUCCUGUAAAGAGAGAUACAAUGUGUAAACUUCCUUUCUGUUUGAUUUAGAAUUUGUUAUCUCCUGCUGUUACACGUGAGCCUGUAGGAGCCCCAUGUGUGUGAUUACAGUUCAAUUUACAGAGCAGGAGCCACAAUCCUCUAAAAUAAACAUAGUGUGCCGAUUGAAAAUGAAACCAUUUUGUUCAUGCGGGCUGUGUGAGUAACAGGCAGGGGAGGUGUGGCUAGGGCUGCAUAAACAGAAACAAAAGUAAAUUAACUUCUAAGUGGCAGGGGCAAGAUUUAUACACAUAAUCAGCUUUAGUAAUCUAAAGUUAUUGAGCUUAGAGUAUCUUUAUAAAGGAACAUCUCUCCCCCGAUUUCCCUCAUGCCUUUCACAUUAGCCAUGUUCGGUGUCUCUUUAAAAAAACUUUCAAAUCAUUAAAACAAAAAGUCUUAAACGUAUUGAUUAGGUAUCCAGCUUGGCAUAGCUGUUAUCUAGUGGCUAUUGUGCAGUUUAUUUGUGGUAAUUCUUCCAUUUGGUUAGCAUUUGAAUGUGUUGUUUUAAUAGCAGAAUUGAUUCUCUCCUAAUCUCUUCUUAAAGCUAUCUGUCACUCACAGAUUGUCCUUUCAAACCAUUCAUGUAAAAAGUUGACCUUUUGGGGAUGUUACAUGAAAUGAAAAUUACUUUGUGGCGAGACAGGACUUAAUAAUUUUGCUACAUUUUUUUAAUCUCUGUCUUUUGAAAAUGACAUUUUGCCUAACUGAAAUAAUGAUUUACCAAUUAAUCCCAUAUCUAAGUGAUUCUUCUAUGCCACCUUAAAAUUAAUAUAUACAUUUCAAGCAGGGGUGAACAGGGAGAAAGUGGUACAAAACACAAACCAAAAAAUGCAAACUGCACUAUAAAUAAAUGACAUCUUAAAAUUAAGUUACACAUAGACCAAAAAUGCCAUUUGCAUUAUAAAUAAAUUGAAUAUGGCAGGGGUGCCCAAAAUGUUUAGAACUAAAACUCCCAAGAUGCUUUGCAUGUACUUAGAACGCUUUAGAAUGAUAAUGCAUCAUGGAAGCUGUAGUUUUAAAACAUUUGGGGAUCUACCUUUUGGGCACCCCUGGCGUAUGCUGUAUCUACUACAUGCCUUAUAUAAGUACUACACGGGGAGAUCUAUGACUUCUGACAAGUCUGUAUUUUUCCAAUUAAAAAGACUACAUUGGUCAAUCUUUGACUACAGCUCAUUAAAUUGGUUAUAGUGCUUGAAGCCCCUGGCACUGUCCCUCCAUUCAGUGUUAGACCAUUUUUAAACAGUUCAACACUUAAUGAGGGUCCCUGGCUUCCUACAGUCCCUCCCCCAAUGUAAGUACAUCUUAGGCAGAGAUUACGCUCUUCCUUCUAGCCAUACCAGCUUAUACCUGCAGUGGGCGCUGUGUUAGCUUGAAAGUGGUCAGCUGACACUCUAAUUACUGCAGUCCAUGCUGCUCAUGCUAAUGCUUGCUCCUUUGCCUGAGCAGCACAGAGGGGUGGGCAGUUGGGAACUCUUGUUUAGUCCUGAUGGACUGAAUAGUAUAUGUUUUAAUCUUAUUGUGGUACUGAAUUGUUUGGCAGUUCACCCAAAACCAGGUUAACACCAAGUUAAAGGAAAACUGUCCGAAUUGUUUUUUUAUUCUUACUGUAAACAAUUACAUAUGUAAUAGAGUGCUUUAGAUGCACUUAAGUUUCACAUUUUAGGCCAAAGAAUAUUUAUUGGAAUAACCCGUCUAUUCAACUAUAUUUUCAGUUUGUAUAUUAUUUGCCUUAAAAUUUGGAAUUCACUUUUAGUUCACUUUUAAUAAACAACAAUUCACACUUUAGUGACUAACCCUGUGAAAGUUUAAGAGGUGUUUACUUGUAUUUAUAUUCCCCAAAAUAUUACACACACACACAAGCUGUAAUCCAUAUAAUGUUAUGUUUAAAUAAUAAAAAAAGACAAUUUUCUUUUAACAUUAAACAUCAGGUGAUUGCAUGGAAACCUGCAGUUUAAAAUUCGCUAAAAAUAAUAAAAAUAAUGCUAAAAAAACAAUUAAUUUUGUACCUUAUAUGUUAUGUUCAAAAAGGUAACUUUUUUUCCCCUCUGCAGACGCUCUGGAUCAUACUCCUACACAGAGACGCCACUUUACAGCCAGGCCACAGGAUCCACGUACUACGAAUCACAGAGUGCCACAGGCCAGGUCAGCUCACCCACCUCAUCCCCUGCCGUAGCCAGCAGCCCCACUGUGCCCAUGUAUGUGUCUGGAGGUCAGAUCCUCGCCAAUUCCACUCCGACUGCUGCUUCAGGGGGAGCAGGAGGCAGCGGAGGGACAGGAGCUGGGACCUAUGUCAUCCAAGGUGGAUUCAUAAUGGGCAGUUCUACUCAGUCCUACUCUCACACCACACGUGCCUCCCCUGCCACGGUGAGACACCCCUUUCUAUUGUGCGUCUGUGUUUUUCUUCUCACGUCACUUCUUUUCUUGCUUACAUUGGCUGUGGGAUCUGCCCUUCUGUGUAUCCCAGUGAUUGGUCCCCGUGUUUUCCUUGUGUUACCGUGGAGAUCUUUGGAGAUUAUGGAAUUUUGUUAUCUUGGUGGAGAAUGGCUCAUUGAAUUAGGUUAGAUUAGGUCCUUAACCUGUUCUCCCAGACAGCUCCCCCAUGUUGCCGGGCAUUGUCUGCUCCUCAUCAGAUCCUUCUCUUAUACAUUUUGUUUCUGAUCCAACUUUCUCCUCCUCGUGAGAUCGGGGUUUGUCUCCCAAACCAAAGAAUGGUCACUUUUUCCAACCAUGUUCUACUUUCCUAAUGUAACAGCAGUGUUAACCCCAUUAUAGACAGCCUGUUUACACUUCUAUGGUAGCUUCCAUCCUGCUGCUCUGCCAUGUGACAGUACGCCCCAUUUUGUCAGGUGCAGUGGUUGCUGGACAAUUACGAGACAGCAGAAGGGGUGAGCCUCCCACGCAGCACCCUGUAUUGCCAUUACCUGCUUCACUGCCAGGAGCAGAAGCUGGAGCCUGUCAAUGCUGCCUCUUUCGGAAAGCUGAUACGGUCUGUCUUCAUGGGACUGAGGACUCGUAGGCUGGGCACCAGGUACGCUCCAUUUCAUUACUCUAUUAAAGAAGAGGCAUUCUGUGCCCUGGGGCAUUUUAGGGCUUAUUAUACUAUCCAGUUUGUAAAUUCAUUAUUUGCUGCCGAGUGACUAAUAUGUUGAUAGUGCACUCAGAGCCUGCAUAGAUACAUGUUACAAGUUUACUCCAUUCGACUAUCACAGAAUUAUAUCUUUUUUUUUUUUCUUCUAUUAAAUUAGGACUAACUUUCAUUAUCUGGUCAUUAACAGAAAAGGAAUGUUAUAAGUUUCCCUUUUACACCACCAGGUGGCAUCCUGCACCUAAUGUUAUUUGCUCAGCAUUGUGGAUAGUGGUAUUCCAGUGUGCCAUUUAAUUGUGUGUGUGUGUGUGUGUGUGUGUGUGUAUAUAUAGAUUAUUAAAAUUCAUAACCAUUAAUGAACUGUGGUAAGUAGAACAUAGUGCUGAUAAUGAACACAUUGUGUUCGCAAACGAUGCAAGAUUCUAUGAUCCCUUAACACAGAUUACUUGUGACCUGCCUUUUCUCAUAGGGGCAACUCCAAGUACCACUAUUACGGCCUGCGUAUCAAAGCCAGCUCCCCACUCCUGCGUCUCAUGGAGGACCAGCAACACCUUGCCAUGCGUCAGCAGCCAUUCUCCCAGAAACAGAGGUAAUGAAGCCAGCAAACCCCCCGAACUCCAUUGUCUGUGUAACCCCCUUUUUUAGACUUCCAUAGAACUUAUGCUCCAUUAUUGACAGUCCAUGUCUCUCCACAGGUUAAAAACCAUGCAAAAAAUGGAGGGAAUGAGUAAUGGUGUCGGGGGCUCACAGCAGCAAACAUCGGGCCUGUCAGAUAUCAGCUCGCAGGUGCAGCAGUACCAGCAGUUUUUGGGUAAGUUUGGCCAGGUCUGCUCUUGUUCCUCAUCGUAGAAGGUCAUAGCCUCAUACUAAGAGUUACACCUUUACUGCCUAAUAUCUCCACAGAUGCCACCCGGACGUUGCCAGAGUUUGGAGACAUAGAUUUACAGGGAAAACCACUUCCUGAUGGCAUCACACUGGGCAAUGUUAAGGCCUUCCAGUUGCUUUAUCGGGAACAUUGUGAGGUAACUGCCUCUUCACUGGGGAACACUUUCAGGAGAACUGUUAAGGGAACCAUACCAGCCUAAAAACUCCAGAAAACAUUCCUUAUUCCACAUGUUAUGUGUAGCUGACUCCAAUUUGGUCAUUUAAGUUGUUGUACUGUCAUAUGUUCCAUUUGUAAGUUGUUUUCUAAGUGUAAAGUGAUUUGUGAAACGCGUUGACACCUUGCCGUUGUUUCAGGCUAUUGUGGAUGUGGUGGUGAAUCUGCAGUUUACGCUGGUAGAGACUUUGUGGAAAACAUUUUGGAGGUUCAAUGAGACGCAGCACAGUGACAGCACAGUGUAAGUAAUGCCGCAUACAGAUAACUCCGCAGGAGUAACACAACAUAGUGGAAGUAUCAGCACAGGGACAAUAAAGUACAGCGACAAUGCUGUUUGGGUAACUUAACCCCUUAAAGACCAUAUGACGGUGCAGGGCUUUAAUGCUCAGUGUCGGCAUAGACCCUCAUGCAGUAAAAUUACCAGCAGGUGUUAAAUUUCGCUGGCACCAAGAUUACCCCAGGUAUCUUUUGAUACCUGAGGUCCCCUUCUGUUAUCUGGGGCCACUAAGAGUACUUAUUAGCUGUGUGCAGCACUCAUCAACGUGAGAGCUGCAUGCGGCCCUUUAAAUACCGCAGUAACGACAUCACUCAGCUGCAUAUUUCAGUCGCUGCCCCCAGCCUGCUUGCCUUCCAAAUACAGGGACCUGAUCCUGGAUUAGCGAAAAGGAAUACGAAUAUGGGGUGGUGCAGUAGUGGGACAUUCUGUGAACUUCCCCAAAAUAAAACGUGUAUGGGGAAAAAAUGAACGUAAAUGAAAAGCAUGAAAAUGCUCUUAGUUACAUAGCCUGCGGGAUGUACUUUCCACAAACAUAUACUUUUCUGUAGCGGUUAUGGUUUCUGUGACUGCUAUAAAAAUUCUAAUCUCAGCAUUAAAACCAUAAUUCACUCCUAGCAGUAUUUGUUUUAGAACUAAUAAACAUUAUUUUAAAUCCUAGACUUACUGGACAUUUUAACAAUCGGGACUAAUUAGUGAAUCUAUUUUGAGCUAGUUUUUUUUCUUUACACUUUGUGUGUAAAGAUUAUUAAAUGUAAAACUGAAAAAAAAAAAAAAAAAAUUUCUUUUUACAUUUUGUAAAAUAUUUUUUUCAACUUAGUUGUGUUAUGUACACAUCUAGAGAAAUCCCUAAUUCUCAUUUAAAAUGAUACAUACGAUGUAUGGGGGCAUUUAUACAGAAAAGCGAAAAUGGGGAACUUGUGGCCGAACGAAUGCAUGGCCAAUAAACCAAAAAUCCUUUGGGGGGUUAACAUUGUGCUGGCAACACAACAUAAAAGGAGAACCAGUGCUAGUGUAAUAAAUCUGUAUAUGGUAAUGGUGAUUGGAGUAUGUCUUUUUUAUCUAUAAACUUUCUUCUUCAAAUGGUUUGCUGUGAUGAUAAUCUUUUAUAUCACCAAAGAAAUAUUAAUAUGCAAUUUUAAGUUCUAUUUAAAAAUAUAUACAUUAUUUUCUAAUCACAAUACAAACAUAUGUAAUGGAGAGUAGGCGCCUUUGACCAGAAAGUCAGGGAAAUAGACGACGUGGUCCUUUGUCCAUUGUUUUAAAUCAGGGCUGCCCAAUAGGUAGAUUCCCUAGACGUAUUAGAACUACAACUCCCAUGAUGCUUUGCAUGCCUUUAGAAUGACAAAGCAUCAUGGGAGUUGUAGUUCUGCAACAUCUAGUGAUCUACCUAUUGGACUGCCCUGUUUUAAAUAAUUAUGACUUUAGUGACAUCAGAACAUUUAGCUAAACAUCUGGUCUUAUAAAGACAAUUCUAGAUCCUCUUGAUAUAGCCCCACAUUCCAGACUUCUCAUGGUACAAAAUAGCAAAUUACUAUCUGUCCUUCUUAGCACAUUAGAAUCCAUACUGAAUAUGAAUAGGAACAUAGAAUAUGUAACAAGAGGUGGUUAAUCAGCAGAUGUGUAUCACAGUGUAAGUAAUACAGCUCAGAUAACAAGGCACAGGGUCAGCACUACAUACAUAAGGAAGCACAGGUCCAGUGACAAAAUGGCAUUAACGCAGCCCUAGGGUAACUGUCUCUGAGUUCUGUUUGUCUUUAUCCACACAGUGAUGAUGAAGCAGAGAAGCGUUUACCUAAGGAUUGUCUAGUGCUUUUGUCCAAAUAUGAGCCUUUAUUGAAAUGGAGCCGAGACUGUGACCACCUUCUUUACCAGGGUUUAGUGGAAACGCUUAUACCUGACGUGUUACGCCCUAUUCCCAGUGAGUAUUGUGAAAACUACUGUUAAAUUGUUAACACCAUAUGAAAUGUGACCUCUUCUGGCCACCACUCUGCACAAUCCUGAACCACGACCUCCGCUGGCCACCAUUCUACUCACUUCUGAACCAUGAGCUUUGUUAGCCACCACUUUAACUUGCCCCUGACCAAUGACCUCUGCUUGCCACCAUUCUACUCAUCUUUGAACUGUGGCCUGUGCUUCCACCACUAUACUCACCUCUGAACAGUGACCUCUGUUAGCACCAACCCUUCCCUCAGCUGUUACCUCUGCUGACACUCACACUCUUUUAUCUCUGAACCAUAAUUCUACAGACUGACCUCAUACCUAGAAUACUACGAAUAGUCUUCAUUAUUUCCAUGUGUUUCCACAGGUGCCCUGACACAAGCCAUCCGCAACUUUGCCAAGAGCCUGGAGAGCUGGUUAACGAGUGCAAUGAUGAACAUCCCUGAAGAGAUGGUGCGAGUCAAGGUGAGGGACAUAAGCCUAAUGAAAGAUCGGGGGUACACAGAAUGCUCCAGGUGCUGCCUCAGUGCCCAACUACUGACUCCAUAUGAUGCGUUAUCCCAUACAGCACAUCUAGCAUACAUCAUGGCACCACAAUGUAAUAAUAGCACUAUCACAGAACCUUUUCAAAAUUCUAUCCCAUUAAGAUAACCACAAUCUCUAUACACUAGUCCCUACCUGCCCUGUCUUUUGUCUUUCUCUUACUGAUUGUCUGUCCGUGUUUAUCAGGUUGGUGCUGCAAGUGCCUUUGCCCAGACAUUGCGUCGCUAUACGUCCCUGAAUCACCUGGCUCAGGCGGCCCGGGCUGUUCUUCAGAAUACUGCACAGAUCAACCAGAUGCUCAGCGACCUCAACCGUGUAGACUUCACCAAUGUACAGGUAACAAAGCAAUAUGUGUCUUGUAUCUGCAGCUACUGCUAGCCCUCUCAUUCUUCCCAAGCCCAGACUUUCUGUGGCUAUCCAAUCACACUAUGUAACAAGUCUUUGCCAGGCAGGCACUCUGGGCAGUUGGCUGCUUCUAGUGUUUAGGUCCACUGAGUCAAACAACCAGGAAAUAUCACUACUGCCUGUAUUAUUAACAACUGGGGAGAUAAUCAGUGCUGAUCUCUCUUCGUUUUGCACUUAAUUAAAAAAAACACACACUUCCGUUAUAAAGCACUUCACCAAGCUGAAGUGUUCAUGUGUUUGGAGUGUUUCUUUAAAAAUAAAUAUUGUAGUCCAAAUACUAAAAUCUCAAAUAAGGUUAAUAGAAAUGUGUCACACUAUGCAGCAUCACAACUUUCCAUAAUUGCAGUGGUGAUGCUGUGUAGAGCAAUCUGUAGAAUUUACACAGCCUUCCCCACCCCCCUCCCAGAGAUCCAAGUUAUACCGUACUGUACUGUCUUUUUUUAUUAUACUUUUUCUAUUUGCAUUAUUUUUAAUGCGUAGCUUUUUAUAAUUGAUUUAAAAUUUUUAUUUUUUAUUAUUUUUUUUACGCCAUAGAAUCCCUUUAAGUGAGAGGUGAUACACAUGAAACUAAGAGGUGUUUUCUCUGCAGCCUAUUUCAAAUAUAAAUGAAUGUACCUCUUCUCCACGCAGGGGAGACCAGCAUGUAACUCCAUUCUCCAUUGGAAAUGCUGGGAUACUGUAAUAGCCAUUCUCCUGUUAAACCAUCAGCUAUGAUGGAAAGAUGCUGCUAUGACCUGUUACCUGCUCUAGUCACCAUUGUAAAUCCCGCUUAAAGCCAGUAAUAGUCUACACAUAAAACCCAUAGAACGUGAUGGCACCAAAAUCAGACUGCUUGAAAGCUCACCAGUGUUAGUAACUGUGAGUCGUAUCAGGGGUAGCACAAGGACAGGGCUGCUUCUUAAACUGUAGCUGCUUCUUGCUUCUUACACCCGGCUGUUUCUGGGAAAUGGCUUAAUGCAUCUGAACCUAGAAUCAGUCCUGCUACUCCAUAGUAAUCACCCUAACCUGACAUCCUAAUUCCAUUCUUGAUGCUUUUUGGUCAACCCACAACCACUUUCAAUCUGCGUUCUCCUGCCCAUCACGUUCCCUGCUGUGAGCGUUGUUUGGCAAGGUUCUCUCACUCUCGCUUUUCUUCGUUUCAGGAGCAGGCUUCCUGGGUGUGUCGCUGUGCGGACCGUGUGGUCCAACGGCUGGAGCAGGACUUCAAGCUGACAUUACAGCAGCAGAGCUCCCUGGAGCAGUGGGCGGUUUGGCUUGACAGUGUCGUCUCACAAGUGCUCAAACCAUAUCAGGGGAACCCUGGUUUUUCUAAGGCUGCCAAACUCUUUCUGCUAAAGUGGUCAUUCUACAGGUGAGGGAUGACCAACCUGAGAGAUAAGUGGCAGAUGUUAUAGACCGCAGAGUUGAAUGGGAAAUGAGAGCCAGGACAGUGAACAAAGAGCUGGAGAUUGAAGGUUUUACAUAAAUUGGUCAAAACUAUAUGCUUAAAUCCCCCAUACUUAACACUUAAUGUUUGUUUGUGAGGACUGAAACAAAAUUAAACUCUGGUUACUAUAAUGCUUUCAUCUCACUAUAACCCAAAAGUGUUUCAGAUGGUGCAUGCCCUCCACACCCGUCUGCGUCUUCCUCCUGCUUCAAUGUUUUCCCCUGGCCGACAUAUUUUAAAUACUUACUGUGCCCAGCUUGCCACACGCUGUCUCUGUGAAAGAAUAGCUAGCAAUUCAUGUAAUCUCCACAUCUACAAACCCCAUAUCAUGCACUCACCCCAUCUGUGCCUAACAAGCAUCAUGCCCUCUCCAUCAAAAGAUAGCUAGUCACUCGUUUCUCACCCAGUCACCUGCCCACAAUCACAACUACCUAGCAACUCAUUGCUCCCACAAUCACAUCAAGCUAGCCACUUAUUGCUCACCCAGUCACCUGCCCAGUCACAUCUAGCUAGCCACUCAUUGCUGACCCAGUCAGCUGCCCACAAUCACAUCUAGCUAGUCAUUCAUUGCUCACCCAGUCACCUGCCCACAGUCCCAUCUAGCUAGCCACUCAUUGCUCACCUGCCCACAACCACAUCUAGCUAGCUACUCAUUGCUCACCCAGUCACCUGCCCACAAUCACAUUUAGCUAGCCAUUCAUUGCUCACUGUCACCUGCCCACAAUCACAUCUAGCUAGCCAUUCAUUUCUCACCCAGUCACCUGCCCACAGUCCCAUCUAGCUAGCCACUCAUUGCCCACCCAGUCACCUGCCCACAAUCACAUCUAGCUAGCCAUUUAUUGCUCACCCAGUCACCUGCCCAGUCACAUCUAGCUAGCCACUCAUUGCUGACCCAGUCACCUGCCCACAAUCACAUCUAGCUAGUCAUUCAUUGCUCACCCAGUCACCUGUCCACAAUCCCAUCUAGCUAGCCACUCAUUGCUCACCUGCCCACAACCACAUCUAGCUAGCUACUCAUUGCUCACCCAGUCACCUGCCCACAAUCACAUCUAGCUAGCCAUUCAUUGCUCACCCAGUCACCUGCCCGCAGUCCCAUCUAGCUAGCCACUCAUUGCUCACCCAGUCACCUGCCCACAAUCACAUCUAGCUAGCCAUUCAUUGCUCACCCAGUCACCUGCCCACAGUCCCAUCUAGCUAGCCACUCAUUGUCCACCCAGUCACCUGCCCACAAUCACAUCUAGCUAGUCAUUCAUUGCUCACCCAGUCACCUGUCCACAGUCCCAUCUAGCUAGCCACUCAUUGCUCACCUGCCCACAACCACAUCUAGCUAGCUACUCAUUGCUCACCCAGUCACCUGCCCACAAUCACAUCUAGCUAGCCAUUCAUUGCUCACCCAGUCACCUGCCCACAGUCCCAUCUAGCUAGCCACUCAUUUCCCACCCAGUCACCUGCCCACAGUCCCAUCUAGCUAGCCAUUUAUUGCUCACCCAGUCACAUGCCCACAACCAUGUCUAGCUAGCUGUACUCUUUGCUCAGUUAUGGCUAGCUUGCCAUGUUAAUUGGUUAUUGAGAGGGAUUGCUCUGUUCAUGAAUUGGUGGACGGAAAUAACGUUUAUUUUCUGAAUCUCAUUUUGGUUUUCUUCCACUGCCAGUUCGAUGGUGAUCCGGGAUCUGACCCUGAGGAGUGCUGCCAGCUUUGGGUCAUUCCAUUUGAUUCGAUUGUUGUAUGAUGAGUACAUGUACUAUUUGAUAGAGCACCGGGUAGCACAGGCCCGUGGGGAGACCCCCAUCGCCGUCAUGGGAGAGGUAAGAAGUGCUUUGUGCUCACAGUGUUGGUGAGCCUGCAAGUUUAAUCAUUAGAAAUACAGGUUAGACUUAAAGGGACAAUAUAGUCACCAGAACAACUACAGCUUAUUGUAUUUGUUCUGGUGAGUAGAAUCAUUCCCUUCAGGUUUUUUAAGUAAACACUGUCUUUUCAGGGAAAAUGCAGUAUUUGCAUUACAGCCUAGGGAUACCUCCACUGGCCACUCCUCCGAUAGCUACUAGAGGUGCUUCCUGGAGCAGUGCUGCACAGUGUGACUGACAACAAACCUUCCUCAUAGAGAUACAUUGAUUCAAUACAUGAGGAGAUGCUGAUUGGCCAAGGCUGUGUUUGGCUUGUGCUGGCUCUGCCCCUGAGCUGCCUCCGUUACAAUCUCAGCCAAUCCAAUGCUUUCCUAUGGGAAAUUUGUAAAAAUUCCCAAAUUGUGUUAACUCCUUUUUUAACAUACAUGUGGCCUAAGUAAUUGUCUGUGUGAUGGAUAUAAAUUAAUGUUAGUAAAAUGUCUAUUUACUAUGUGCAUCUGUGCUUUUAUUAACUACUCAAAAUGGCCACUAGAGCACCCCCUCCCAUCGACUAAAGAAUUUCAUGUAAUAAGAUGGCGUCUCCAUCCGGAGCUGCACCCAGGAUGCUGAUGACCUCACACCCUGUUGGAAGUCCAUCAAGAUAAAACACUUAAACAAAUACCAAUUAAAAUGUACAUUUCAUGUCCUCCCAUAUUUUGCAUAUGAUGUAUUUCUGCCUUUAUAAGGGGCUUGCAUUCCUCGAGGUUUCAUUUAACUGAUUCUGUUGUCAGUGUGAUUUCUGGCGUGCAUGCACUUAUACUUUGAAAUCUGGAAAGGGGCAAACACUUGGUUUGAUCUAAAACAAUUGUGUCCACAUUACUUUGUAUUUCUACACUUGUUGUUUUCUAUCCCCAAUGUACUAUUGUAACCGUUUCUUUAUGUAAAUAAAGCCACCGUAGUAUCGUGAAUCUAGUGUGGAUGUUAGCUAUAUAUUGUGCAUUUUAGGCAUAAGACUAAAAUUGAAUUCAUCUCUUAUUUUUGCAGUUUGCCAAUACUGGAACUUCUUUGCAUCAAAUGGACCCGGAUAAAGGUACAGUUAGUCUGUUUUUAGUGUGCCUGAAUCAUGUAAUUUUCUUUUAGUUUUUUCCCCCCAAAAUAUGUUCCAUUCUAUAGCUAUUGCAAAAAAUAAAUAAAUAAAAGGAAUUACUUUACCUUAAAGGCCUACGGUCCAGUCAAAGUGUAAGCUCGUGUAUUAAAACCCCUGUAAACCAUCUGACUGACCAUAGCCAUUAUUCAAGUUACAGGGCAGAGAAAGCUAUCGAACAUGUAGUAUUGCAGACAGGAAGAGUAGUCCAUGAUUAUAAAUAGUCCCUACAUUUACACUGAACAAAAUUAUAAACGCAACACUUUUGUUUUUGCCCCAUUUUUCAUGAGCUGAACUCAAAGAUCUAAAGCUUUUUCUAUGUAGACAAAAGGCCUAUUUCACUCAAAUAUUGUUCACAAAUCUGAUUUAAAUCUGUGUAAGUGAGCACUUCUCCUUUGCCGAGAUAAUCCAUCCACCUCACAGGUGUGGCAUAUCAAGAUGCUGAUUAGACAGCAUGAUUACUGUACAGGUGUGCCUUAGGCUGGCCGCAAUAAAAGUCCACACUAAAAUGUGCAGUUUUACUGUUUUGGCGGGGAUCCGAAAACCAGUCAGUAUCUGGUGUGACCACCAUUUGCCUCACGCUGUGCAACUCAUCUCCUACGCAUAGAGUUGAUCAGGUUGUUGAUUGUGGCCUGUGGAAUGUUGGUCCACUCUUCUUCAAUGGAUGUACGAAGUUGCUGGAUAUUGGCAGGACCUGGAACACGCUCACGUAUAUGCCAAUCCAGAGCAUCCCAAGCAUGCUCAAUGGGUGACCUAUCCGGUGAGUAUGCUGGCCAUGCAAGAAUUGGGAUGUUUUCAGCUUCCAGGAAUUGUGUUAAGAUCCUUGCAACAUUGGGCUGUGCAUUAUCAUGCUGCAACAUGAGGUGAUGGUCGUGGAUGAAUGGCACAACAAUGGGCCUCAGGAUCUCGUCACGGUAUCUGUGUGCAUUCAAAAUGCCAUCAAUAAAAUGCACCUGUGUUCAUGUCCAUAACAUACGCCUGCCCAUACCAUAACCACUGCCACCAUGGGCCACUCGAUUCACAACGUUGACAUCAGCAAACUGCUUACUCAUACGACGCCAUACACGCUGUCUGCCUUCUGCCCUGUACAGUGAAAAGCGGGAUUCAUCCGUGAAGAGAACACUUCUCCAAAGUGCCAGACACCAUCGAAUGUAAGCAUUUGCCCACUCAAGUCAGUUACGAUGACGAACUGCAGUCAGGUUGAGACCCCGAUGAACAGUGGCGUACACAUGACCCAUGGGGCCCCGGUGCGAAAAUUGAUCCGUGGGCCCCUCCUCCCGCGCAGGCCGGGCCGCAACACAUGGCGGUGGGCACCUGGUCGCAGGGGUUACAGGGCUGCGACCGUGGUAUGUACGCCAGUGCAUGCAGAUGCACACACACUUAAAGGACCACACUAGGCACCCAGACCACUUCAGCUUAAUGAAGUGGUCUGGGUGCCAGGUCGAGCUAGGGUUAACCCAUUUUUUCAUAAACAUAGCAGUUUCAGAGAAACUGCUGUGUUUUAUGAAUGGGUUAAGCCUUCCCCUAUUUCCUCUAGUGGCUGUCCCAUUGACAGCCGCUAGAGGCGCUUGCGUGCUUCUCACUGUGAUUUUCACAGUGAGAGCACGCCAGCGUCCAUAGGAAAGCAUUAUGAAUGCUUUCCUAUGUGACCGGCUGAAUGCGUGCACAGCUCUUGCCGCGCGUGCGCAUACAGCCGACGGGGAGGAGAAGAGGAGGAUCGGAGGAGGAGAGCUCUCCGCCCAGCGGUGGAAAAAGGUAAGUUUUACCCCUUUCCAGAGCCGGGCGGGAGGGGGUCCCUGAGGGUGGGGGCACCCUCAGGGCACUAUAGUGCCAGGAAAACGAGUAUGUUUUCCUGGCACUAUAGUGGUCCUUUAAAGGACUACUACAGACACCCAGAUCACAUCAGCUCAAUUAAGUUGUCUGGGUGUCAGGUCCCUCUAGUUUUAACCCUGCAGCUGAAAACAUAGCAGUUUCAGAGAAACUGCUAUGUUUCACUGAGGGUUAAUCCAGCCUCUAGUGGCUGUCUCACUGACAGCCGCUAGAGGAGCACACUGAACGUCCAUAGGAAAGCAUUGAGUAAUGCUUUCCUAUGGGCGGUUUGAAUGCGUGCGCGGUCGCAUUCGGAGCUGAGAGGCUGAGGGAUCCUCAGCGCCAAGGGAGUCCGGCGCUGGAGAAAGGUAAGUGCUGAAGACACACACACACACACACUUACAGACGCAUACACACUAGCUAACAGACACACACAUUUACUGACAGAGAUACAGUCAGCGACAGACAUACAUACACACUCACUUACAAAACAUACACUCUCAUUGACAAACACACACUCACUAACAGACAUCAAACAGACUCACUAACACACACACACUCAGUAAGACACACACACAGUAACACACUCACUGACACUCACUAGCAGACACACACACAACACACUCAACACCCACUAGCAGACACACACCAACACUCACUCAACACACACUACUUCACUCUCAACACUCACUCUAACACUACACACUACUACAACCACUACACACGAUUUUUUUUUUUUAUAAUCCCCAGCCUCCCUUACCCUUUGGAGUGCUGGGGAUUAUUCCCUUGUGGGGUCCAGUGGGCCGGGCGGCAGGCAGGUGGGCGCCGCCAGGGAGCACUCAGUGCUUCCUCUUCAGCUCACGCUGCAGGGACGCCGCCGGAUUUGACAUCAUCUUCCGCUCCGGCAUCAGCGUGCGAGGGGAGUUGAAGAGAAGCACUGAGUGUUCCCACGCGCGCCCCGCCCGACCGGCCACCCGGGGUCAGCAGGUCAGCCUCAGGGGGGCCCUGGGGUGGUCGGCUCCUGGGCCCCCCAGGGGAAGAGGCUGGCCCUGUGGCUACAUACCGGGUCGCAGGGGCGGCCGGGCCCCCUGGUGGGCCGGGCCCGGUCGCAGUCGCGACCCCUGCGACCCUGGUAUGUACGCCAGUGCCGAUGAAGAUGUUGAGCAUGCAGAUGAGCUUCCCUGAGACAGUUUUUGACAGUUUGUGCAGAAAUUAUUUGGUUAUGCAAACCGAUUGUUGCAGUAGCUGUCCGGGUGGCUGGUUUCAGACGAUCUUGGAGGUGAAGAUGCUGGAUGUGGAGGUCCUGGGCUUGUAUGGUUACACGUGGUCUGCGGUUGUGAGGCAGGUUGGAUGUACUGCCAAAUUCUCUGAAACGCCUUUGGAGAUGGCUUAUGGUAGAGAAAUGACCUUCAAUUCACGGGCAACAGCUCUGGUGGACAUUCCUGCAGUCAGCAUGCCAAUUGCACGCUCCCUCAAAACCUGCGACAUCUGUGGCAUUGUGCUGUGUGAUAAAACUGCACACUUUAGAGUGACCUAUUAUUGUGGCCAGCCUAAGGCACACCUGUACAAUAAUCAUGCUGUCUAAUCAGCAUCUUGAUAUGCCACACCUGUGAGGUGGGUGGAUUAUCUCAGCAAAGGAGAAGUGCUCACUAACACAGAUUUAGACAGAUUUGUGUCCAUAGAAAAAGUCUUAGAUCUUUGAGUUCAGAUCAUGAAAAAUGGGGGCAAAAACAAAAGUGUUGCGUAUAUAAUUGUGUUCAGUGUAUAUUAUGCUUGUGUUUUAUCCAAUCCCAUUUGAUCAAAAAAAAUAGUAGAGGAAAACAAAUCCAUAAAGUAUAUGUGAUUUCUUCUUAACAGAUGAGGAGGAAGAGGAAGACGACGAGAGUGAUGACGAUCUAACACACGAGCUGCCACUCAACGCCACUGAUUCAUCCAACCCUAUGGGCUCGGAUUCUCUGGAACCACCUGCAAAGUUGGCACGGAGUGACCCCAUCUUUGUGCAGGUUCCACCAAACUCUUAA